AGCUAUAAACAAGAAACGCAGGUAGAGGUGCGAGGGCCUCUUCCGUCUCUCCGGGCGCCGCCUCUCCUUCCACGCCCACGCAGGCGCACACUGUCCAGUCUCGGAAGCAUUCUCUUCUCGUCUUCUCCUCGCGAGAUAUCGCUUGGAAUCGGUUUUGGGAGUAAAUAUGGCAGGCAAGUCUGGCAGAGGAAAGAACAGAGGAAGAGCACAUAGUUCUUCUCACGCCCAACAGUCUAAUGCGGCGGUUGACAGGUCCUCGUCAAACAGCUCGGCGGAGUUGCCUAAGGAGAACGGCGAUGCAGGUGACCAUGUGUUGGACAAGGCUGCCUGCGAUGGUGCAGCAGAUGAGUCUAAGGUACAAGAAGCAAAUGCACCGGACAGCAAUAAAAGCAAACAAGGAGAAGAUGUUCAUCUCUAUCCUGUUUCUGUGAAAACACAAUCUGGGGAAAAGCUAGAACUACAAUUAAAUCCAGGGGAUUCUGUGAUGGACAUAAGGCAGUUCCUUCUUGAUGCUCCUGAGACAUGCUUCUUUACAUGCUAUGACUUGAUACUUCAUUCCAAGGACGGUUCUAUUCACCAUCUGGAGGAUUACCAUGAAAUAGCUGAAAUUGCAGAUAUUACAAGUGGUGGCUGCUCAUUGGAAAUGAUUGGAGGAUUAUAUGAUGAGCGGUCUAUAAGAGCUCAUGUUCGGCGUGCCCGGGAAUUGCUUUCUCUUUCAUCUCUUCAUUCUUCACUGUCAACAACAUAUGCAUUGCAGCAUGAAGCAAAUAAUCAGACUGUGGCAGGACGAGCUGAGGUUCCAGAGCUUGAUGGGCUAGGUUUCAUGGAAGAAAUAGCAGGAUCUCUUGAUAAGCUUUCAUUCUCUCCUUCUAAAGAGACCAAAUGUGUAGAAAGCAUUGUGUUUUCAUCAUUUAAUCCAGUUCCUAGCCACAGAAGACUAGUUGGUGAUUUAAUUUAUUUAGAUAUAGAAACAUUAGAAGGUCACAAAGUGUGUAUUACUGGGACUACAAGAACAUUUUAUGUGAAUUCAAGUUUGGGAAGCGUGCUAGACCCACGGCCAACCAAGAACUCUAGUGAAUCGUUUACGCUUAUAGGGCUUCUCCAAAAAAUUAGCCCCAAAUUUAAAAAAGGUUUUCGUGAAAUCUUGGACCAGAAAGCCGCAGCCCAUCCAUUUGAAAGUGUGCAGUCCCUUUUGCCUCCAAAUUCAUGGUUGGGGACAUACCCAAUCCCAGAGCACAAACGUGAUGCUGCUAGAGCUGAGGAUUCGCUGGUGCUCUCCUAUGGAAGUGAGCUGAUUGGCAUGCAGAGGGAUUGGAAUGAGGAGCUACAGUCUUGCCGGGAGUUUCCUCACAAUUCCUUUCAGGAAAGGAUUUUGCGUGAUAGAGCCCUUUACAAAGUAACAUGCGAUUUUGUUGAUGCUGCAACAAAGGGUGCAAUUGGAGUUAUCAAUAGGUGCAUCCCUCCCAUAAAUCCAACAGACCCAGAAUGUUUCCACAUGUAUGUCCACAACAAUAUAUUCUUCAGUUUUGCAGUUGAUUCUGAUCUUUCUCUGAUGUUCAAAAGUCCUGAUAACUCUAUCAAGUCCAAGUCUCUCCAGGACUCUGAGAAUGACAUUACUGUUCGUUCAACUUCUCUUCCACCUGCAGCUGAUGUUAAGGGUUUGGUGCAUGGAACUGAUGAAAUGGCUGACCCAAAGGAUACAAUUACAGGCUCUGAGGGACAAUUAGCUGAUGCUAAGGAUAAACAGGCAGAUAUCCAAAUGACUGAUAAUGAACAAGCAACCUAUGCAUCUGCAAAUAAUGAUUUGCGUGGGACAAAGGCUUACCAGGAAGCUGAUAUAUCGGGGUUGCACAAUCUUGCCAUGGCAAUAAUUGACUAUAGGGGUCAUAGAGUUGUUGCACAGAGCAUUAUUCCUGGCAUUCUGCAAGGAGAUAAAUCAGACUCUCUUUUAUAUGGUUCUGUUGACAAUGGCAAAAAGAUUUGCUGGAAUGAAAUGUUUCAUGCUAAGGUUCUAGAGGCAGCUAAGGUUCUGCAUAUUAAGGAACAUAGCGUCUUGGAUGGAUUUGGCAAUCCCAUUAAGCUAGCAGCCCCUGUGGAAUGCAAGGGCAUUAUCGGUAGUGAUGACAGACACUACCUUUUAGAUUUGAUGAGAGUGACUCCUCGGGAUGCUAAUUACGUUGGGGAAGGGUCAAGGUUUUGUGUUCUUAGGCCUGAACUUGUUUCUUCUUUCUGUCAGGUUGAAGCUGCAGAGAGAUUGAACGGUAAAAUCAAAGAUGAUGUAAAUACCCAAAUGGAAUUACAUUCCCCAGACUUAGAUGCUGCUAGUGGUUGUGAAUCAGCAAAAGUGGAUGUGACCAAAGAAGAAAGUGAAACAGCCCAACCAAAUGAAUCUGCACCGACUUCUGCUAGUUCAUGUGAGGAUAUUCUUUUGAACCCCAAUGUCCUAACGGAAUUCCCAUUAGCUGGUUGUGAAGAGGAGAUAGCUACAGAUGAGGCUUUAGUGAAAAAAGCUGGUUCGUAUCUUGUAGAUGUUGUGAUCCCAAAGUUUGUAAAAGACCUUAACACACUUGAGGUUUCCCCCAUGGAUGGACAGACAUUAGCUGAAGCAUUGCAUGCUCAUGGAAUAAAUGUUCGUUACCUUGGCAAGAUAGCUAAGAUGACAAAACACUUGCCCCAUAUAUGGGAUCUAUGUGUUACUGAGAUUAUUGUGCGGUCUGCGAAGCAUAUUCUUAAGGAUAUCUUAAGGCAAUGUGAAGACCAUGAACUUGGAUUUACAAUGUCACAAUUCCUAAAUUGUUUUCUGGGACAUGAUGUUACUAGGACUGUGAAGAAUAAUAUCAGCAACAUGCGAUCGAGGGCUGCUAGGAAGGUUAGUCGAGAACCUACACAAAAUUCUGUAAAAGGCCAGAGAAAUUCAUCUAAUGCUGCAAUGGCAUUGAAGCAUCACGUGGCAUAUGCUCAUAUCACAUCAGAAGUCGUUUGGUCUGGCAUUGAGGAUUUUGCAAAACACAAAUAUCAGUUCACUUUACCUGACGAUGCAAAAUUACAAGUACGAAAGGUGUCAACCAUCCGAAAUCUGUGCCAAAAGCUGGGCAUAUCAAUUGCUGCAAGAAAGUAUGACCUUGAUGCAACUUGUCCUUUUCAAACAUCAGAUGUUUUGGAUCUUCAACCUGUUGUGAAGCAUUCUGUUCCUGUCUGCAUUGAAGCAAAAGAUCUUAUUGAAACAGGAAAGCUCCGGUUAGCUGAGGGCAUGCUUAAUGAAGCGUACUCAUUGUUUUCUGAAGCUUUCUCAAUACUUCAGCAAGUAACUGGUCCCAUGCAUCGAGAAGUUGCUAACUGUUGCCGCUAUCUCGCUAUGGUUCUCUACCAUGCUGGUGACAUGGCAGGUGCAAUAAUACAGCAGCAUAAGGAGUUGAUCAUAAAUGAGCGUUGCCUUGGUUUGGACCACCCUGAUACUGCCCACAGGCAUGGCUGCAAGUAUCCAAACGGUCUUUACUCCAACUCCCAUCUUGUAAGAGUGCAGAAAGAACACACGGGAGUGCAGAAAAAAACACACAUACACACCAGGGGACAAAACUAUACCUUAAUUCUCUUGGAACUCAUUGUUAACCUAAGUUCUGACAACUGGAGUGUUCUAAUAAGACCAUGAUGCACUUGUUUGCAUUUUUCAAUGGCCUCAGAGGCUUCUUGAAGGUAGGAAUGCACAUGAGUUCGGUUUGGACCCAGCGUGUUGCAUAUUCAGCAAAUGCAGCAGUUUGUAGCCUGUGACUGACCUGAGCUUUAUCCAAGCCAUACAUCAUUAUGGCUGGACUCAGCUUAUUGAACUUAUUCUGAGCUCCCUCAGAGUCUCUUCCUUAAUAGUUGGGUUUUUUAAUGGCCUCAGAGGCUUCUUGAAGGUAGGAAUGCAGGAGUUCGGUUUGGACCCAGCGUGUUGCAUAUUCAGCAAAUGCAGCAGUUUGUAGCCUGUGACUGACCUGAGCUUUAUCCAAGACGUACAUCAUUAUGGCUGGACACAGCUUAUUGAACUUAUUCUGAGCUCCCUCAGAGUCUCUUCCUUAAUAAUUGGGUUUCUGCUUGAGCAAGGUCAGGUUGUCUAAUAUCAUUUGCUUGACAGUAAGGUUCAUUUUCGAGAUUUGUUAAUCAAGAUAGCGUGUGAGGGCAGAAUCAUGUCAGAAGUCAGGCUUCAAAGGCUUGGAAUUCAACUUUGUCUUGCUGCGUUCUCUGUCACAGGGCGAUAGAAGAUGAAGAGCAACUUUUUUUCAAUUGCAAUAUGUCUAGGGACUGUUGGAGUUUUCAAUUGCCUAGAGCAAGGAACGUCAAAUGUGGGCUGAAAUGGUGGUGUAAGCCAAAAGUUAGAAGGAAACCAUGGUCUGUCCUUGGAAAACAACCUAUCACUUGGUGAUCUGGUAUCUUUGGCAGCUCAGAAAUGCGAGAAGGCAUAGAGAGGAUAGAAUGACUCAUAACAACGUCAAUGGUUUGUGGCAAGUCUGCAAAGAGCAAUAUCAGAAACUUAACUUGUCUUGGAUGGACAAAAAGAAUAUUGAAGUUUGGCUGCUCCUUGGCAUUGCUCUAGAUGAUUGGAUGUUUGGUGACAAUAUUUGCUUCAAUAUUCAUAUUGCCUCCUGGGCGGAUGGGAAUCUCAGACGCUUUGCUGGUCUAGUUCAUAGGAAAUCGUGUGAAUUUUUGUAUGGUGUGUGUUGCUGGGCAAAAGAUGGGUUUCUGUUAUAAGAAAGCUGGGUCCUUAACAGGUGCUUGAGCGAAAUUCCAUUGGAACAAACUCAGAUCACAAUAGUGGAAACAUUGGGUGAAUAGGGUGAUUCAAGGGAUAGUUCCUGCUGCUGAUAGGUUCCUGCACAUGCAACAGAAUUCUGAAAGAUUAACGCUGUCUAGCAAGCAACUUGCUAUGGAGGUCUGCUACAUGAUUUUGAUCAGUUCCGGUGACUCUGGUUUUAAAGAGGGAGGGUUCGGCAAUGACACUGGGACCCUAGUUGUCUUUUGUUUUGGAAGUGAUCUUCCCCUCAUUGGACUGAAAUUUUAUGUUGUAAAUAUUCAUUUUCUUCGCAAUAAAGGUUGAGGGCCUAUCCCUCUGCAGUUUUUCA